CGGUGUCACGCUGGUAUUUCUUGGCAGAAACUCACUCGCUCACUGUCGACCGCGCGUGACGCUGUGAACGGACGGGAUUUCUAACAGGGGUCGAGAGGUGAAGGUAAAUUCCAUUUUCGCUGGAAGAGGGCAGGACUAGUAAACGCACAUGCUCCCGCCUCGCAAAUUCGCCGAGCUGCACACUCUGCUGUUUGAGGAGCACUUUGACCCUGCACGACCGGCAGACUGCCGUGAGACUAAGCAAACUCGCUUCUGCUCUUGAAGACGCGAGAAGUGCGUUUCGAGACCGAGAGUAGUUUUAGGAGGAAAAGGAGCGUCUCUCUGUCUUUAAAAAACAUCGUCUGUUGCAGCUGUCGGUGAUAUGAGAGACACGCACUGGUGGCGACAGACAAGGUUGCAGGCAAGCUGAGUUCGACUCUCUCAUGGGUGAAGAACUCGGUGUCUCAGACCGUCAGUCAGAUGGCUAGCCAGGUGGCCCCGCCCUCCACGCUCCACACCCCCUCCACCUCCACCUCCACCAGCCUCUCCACGCCCCUGUCGCCCUCCUCGCCCUCCACGCCCUCCCAGCUCAGCCCCGAUGAGAUGGAGCUGCUCGCCCGGUUGGAGGAGCAGAACAGGCUCCUGGAGACGGACAGCAAGUCGCUGAAGUCGGUGAACGGCUCGCGGCGCAACAGCGGCGCCUCGCUGGUGUCCAGCUCCUCGGCCUCCUCCAACCUGUCCCACCUGGAGGAGGACACCUGGAUCCUGUGGGGCCGCAUCGUCAACGACUGGGAGGAGGUGCGCAAGAAGAAGGAGAAGCAGCUGAAGGAGCUGGUCAGGAAGGGGAUCCCGCAUCACUUCCGAGCGAUCGUGUGGCAGCUGCUGUGCAAUGCCCAGAACAUGCCCAUCAAGGACCAGUACUCGGAGCUGCUGAAGAUGACCUCGCCCUGCGAGAAGCUGAUUCGCCGCGACAUCGCCCGCACCUACCCCGAGCAAGAGUUCUUCAAGGAGAAGGACAGCCUGGGCCAGGAGGUGCUCUUCAACGUCAUGAAGGCCUACUCGCUGGUGGACCGGGAGGUGGGCUACUGUCAGGGGAGCGCGUUUAUCGUGGGACUCUUGCUCAUGCAGAUGCCGGAGGAAGAGGCCUUCUGUGUGUUUGUGAAGCUGAUGCAGGACUACCGGCUCAGAGAGCUCUUCAAGCCCAGCAUGGCCGAGCUGGGGCUCUGCAUGUACCAGUUUGAGUGCAUGAUCCAGGAGCUGCUGCCAGAACUCCACCUGCACUUCCAGGCCCAGAGCUUCCACACCUCCAUGUACGCCUCCUCCUGGUUCCUCACAAUCUUCCUCACCUCCUUCCCGCUCACCGUCGCCACAAGAAUCUUCGACAUCUUCAUGUGUGAGGGUCUGGAGAUUGUGUUCCGCGUGGGUCUGGCCAUCCUCCAGAUGAACCAGGCUGAGCUCAUGCAGCUGGACAUGGAGGGAAUGCUACAGCACUUUCAGAAAGUCAUCCCGCACCAGCUGGAAACCGGUCACGACAAGGUGAUCCUCACCGCCUACCAAGUCAAGUACAACGCCAAGAAAAUGAAGAAGCUAGAAAAGGAAUACACUACAAUCAAAACCAAGGAGAUGGAGGAGCAGGUGGAAAUCAAGAGGCUGCGCACAGAGAACAGGCUUCUGAAGCAGAGGAUCGAGACCCUGGAGAAAGAAAGCGCUUCCUUGGCUGAUAGAUUGAUCCAGGGGCAAGUGACGCGGGCUCAGGAGGCGGAGGAGAGCUACCUGGUAAAGCGGGAGCUGGCCACCGUCAGGCAGCAGCACGAGGAGGCCAGCGCCCGGCUGGAGCAGGCGCACGGCACCAUCCGCCAACUGCAGCAGCAGCAAGAGCAGCUCCAGCGCGGCCCGCAGCCGCCAGCGCAGCCCAAAUGUAACCCGUGCUACACAGAGGAGAUGGUUGUGCAGCUGGAGCGGGAGCUGGUGCAGGCUCGGCUGAAGGAGGCGGAGUCACAGUGCGCUCUUAAGGAAAUGCAGGACAAGGUCCUGAACAUGGAGAAGAGGAACGCAGACCUGCCGGAUGACAGUAAUGUGGUGCGGCUGCAGGAGGAGCUGAUUGGUGUAAAGCUGAGGGAGGCGGAGGCUGUCACUGGCCUGAAGGAACUACGGCAACAGGUCAGAGACCUGGAGGACCACUGGCAGAGGCACCUGGCGCGGACGGCGGGCCGCUGGAAGGACAGCCCCCGGAAGAACACGGUGAACGAGCUGCAGGACGAGCUGAUGGGCGUGCGGCUGCGGGAGGCCGAGGCGCAGGCCGUGAUCAGAGAGACCCGGCAGAGGCUGCUGGAGCUGGAGACCCAGAACCAGGUCCAGGGGAACCAGCUGCGGCGGGCGGAGCAGACUGGGCGGAGCCUGCAGGAGCGGGUGCAGCUGCUGACCGCCCAGAACAAGGGCUUGCUGGUGCAGCUGCAGGAGGCGAAGCGCAAGCAGGCCGAGCUGGAGUGCAAGAGCAAAGAGGAUGUGAUGGCGGUGAGACUGCGUGAGGCUGAUAACAUGGCCACCAUGGCGGAGCUGCAGCAGCACAUCGCCGAGCUGGAGAUACAGAAAGAAGAGGGAAAGUUCCAGGGCCAACUGAACAGCUCCGACUGCAGCCAGUACAUCCGCGAGCUGAAGGACCAGAUAGCGGAGCUAAAGCACGAGAUCCAGUGCCUGCGCAGCCAGAGGGGAGUGUGCAGCCAGCCCUCUUUUGACGGGAUCCACAUCGUGAGCCACUACAUCGGGGACGACGGGCCGUACCUGUCCCCGGACGCCCCCUCCCCCCCGGAGUCCCAGCGGGACGUCACCCGAAUCGUCCUGCACUCCAGCGUGGUGGACACGGACAGCGACGGGGAGGAGGACAGCCUGCGCCUCACCGUCCCCCCCGCCGCCGGCCCCCAGCAGGCCCAGAACAACCGCAAGACCACCACCGUGUGACGGCCAGCAGGGCGGCGCUCUCGCGCCACGGUUCGGGGAAGAACGUCCCGCUCUGCGCUCGUUCAGGACCUGGAUGGGUGGAGGUGGGGUGGGGUGUUUGGGGGCAUUGGCAGUUCCCCCCCCUCCUGCGGAUAGAAGCGCAGAUUUUCGGUCUGAGGAACUCUCAAAGUGGCUUCCUCUUUAAAAGCACGGAAAAGCAGACAGAGAGACAGAACCUGACCCAGCAUGUCACUUCCACUUGCUCUGGAGUCUGCCUUGCCUUUGCCAAAAUGCAGUGCGAUGCCCACGCUUCACUGCCAUCCAACAGACUCCAGCGGGAACAGACACUUGUGGGGGCCAGUAGGGGGCAGUAUUAAUGCUCAGCUGUAGUCAUGCCGGUGUUGGAACCUCUACAGGUCCCCCCCCCCCCCGUGAGCCACCGUGAAAAUCAGAAACUCACUAACACGCGCACACACACACGCACACACACACUUGGCUCCAGGUACAACAACAUAGACAGAGACUUUGUGCAAUAUCUCCUUUUAUGCUUGACGACAAAAGUUUUAUCACGUUUUUUUGUUGAAAUAUUUUAUGUUUGGAACGGUUAAUUUGUGUUGCUCGACGGACAUUGCAGCCGAUUCACUCCGUAUGAAUUCAGCAAUUAGCUGCUCUGAUGUGCAGCUCCCACUGAGAGGAGCUGUGCACACAAAGUUGUUUUGGAGUGAUCUGUAUUAAGCAUUAAACACUCCAGUAUAAAUGCCAGAAAAGUAACUCUAUUAGACUUUUUUUUAUUGGCUGUGCUUUUUGCCAGCAGCCAUAUGGUCAAUAGAGAUCUGUAUCUGUGUAUAUAUUUAGUACUCAAAUUUUUUUUUUUUUUUGUGUUCAUAUCAUUAUAUUGACUUGAAGCCUUUCAUAGAUUAUUUCACAUGAUCUGCUUUUAACAUCUAUUAUUACCAUUGAUUUUAAAGGGACAUUUCACUCAUUAAUGCGUUGUGAUUUCACGUGAAGAAAGAUCAGAGAUUCAAGCAAGCAAAGUUGUUUUUGUAUGCAAAUGUUAUUUAUGGGCAUUUUCUGAGGUUGAAUGGGAAACUGCAGGAAAGUGUAUUGUGUGCAUGUGUGCGACAGAUAGGCAAAUGGCUCUGGAGGACUCUAAUUACAGCUGGUGAUUUAUUCUGGGCUGUCACCGAUAUUGCAUUCUGUUUAAUCAGUGCAUAUCACGUCUUGGCUCUGAAUUAGCUAUAAUCAGGUCUCUGUAAUGGUAAACUGUAAUGGUUUGGAGCCGUUUGCUAAAUGAGGACGUACAUGUUCCAGUGUAAACUGAUGCACACAAACCGAUGCGUUUCUCAUGAACUUCCCCACCCAGUUUCUUGGUACACUUGUUUUCUUGACAGAUGAUUGGCUUGUUUAAAAUCACAAGUCAGUUUUAAAGUAAACCGUAUACAGAUGUAUCAAGAUACCAGAGAGUGAACUUGACACCCGUGUGUUUCUGUAGGUCUGAUUUUUAUACCCGAAGUGCUGAUCUUCAGUAUGUACUGUACAUGUAUGAAAAGACUAUUUACACAUGACCUGCGACGGGCAGGGGAUUAUUUACUGUGAUACAGUAGAAAAGGGAGCUUAUCAAAUCAAAAAUGUAUUUAAAGAACAAACUGAUAAAUACUGUGUAGCCUCGAUGGCCACUUUUAUUUCUUUACACCCUGUAAAUAUGUUUUUUUUUUUGUUUGUUUGUUUUUUGGUUUGUUUGUUUUUAACUAAAUGCAGAUAUGCAUUGCUGGUAAAAGGAAGCGACCAUUUCUCACUCAGUCACUGUGGACAGGAAGUCUUCGGCUCUGGUGGAUGUUUUCAUUUGUGUGUCCAGUGCCUGCGACCGGCGGGCCUCACAGCCUCAGUGCUCAGCUGUGUGAGAGAGAGAGAUGGCCACACUGUGCAGGGUGUACACCACGAGAUGCGUCUCUCUCUCUCUCUCUCUCUCUCUCUCUCUAAUGAUGGCCCAGCUGGACAGAGCCCUGACCUACGUUGCCUUGGAUCCAGUGGCACUAGACAGUGGGUCUGAACUAACACCCUGCCGGAGUCCUCUGGCUUUCCCGCUUCCGUCACUGGACACCUUCCCCACCUAGAGGUUCCAAACCCGUGCCUCGAAUUCACUCCAAGCCCUCAAGCAGGCCUGAAUGGCGCUUCUGAUUAGAACGUAAUGAUGAUGAAUCUUUGGGCAGAGUCUACUUGGUAAAGUGUCCCGUGUUAAAUCCGCUCUUACAAAGUGCAUAUCCUUCCUGCUCUGGUCCAGAGUUAGAGUUGAAUUAACAAUGGACAUAUUACUGUGUAGUCAGUUCACUCCAUAGGGAAAAGGACACUGGUAGCUGGUGAGAGAGGCACGUCCUUUUGGGGGAAAAAUACCAGCCUGGCAACACUAUCCGUUGGACACAUUUCAAAAUGCAUAUUUAAAAAACACUGUGUGUAAUGUUUAAAAUAAAAAUGUCAUUAUUUAAUCAAA